AUGGCAACAUCAUCAGAUUCCGAUAACAGGGCACAAGAUGUAAAACGCUGUCAACUUUGCCCCGGAAAAGAUAGAAAACAUGCUGCAGAAAUUGUGUGUAAUACAUGUCAUGUUGAUCUCUGUAAGGACUGUGUAGGUCACCACAUGAUCUCCAAUCCCUCCAUCAGACAUGAUGUCGUCACUUUUGAAUUCAAAAAAUCUGAAAUCAUUCCACCACAAUGCAGGGUCCAUAAUGAAAAACAAUGUGAAAUGUUCUGUGAACAAUGUAAAUCCCCAAUAUGUCAGAAAUGUCUAGCCUCUGGAUCCCAUGAAAAUCACAAUGUACCACAUAUUUCUGAAAUUUAUAGCUCUAAACAGAAACUUAUCAAAAAAGACUUAAAUGAGCUUGAAACUAGUGUAGCACCUGUUUAUGAAUCAAUACUCGCCAAUGUAAAAGAGAUGUCAUCAAGCAUUGAACAGAAACACAAUGAAAGACAAAGAACCAUUGAUGAAAUUGGUAAAACAUGGCACAAGUUGGUAGAUAAAGUUAUUAAAAAAUAUCAGAGUUAUGCAAGAAGACUGGAAAGAGAUGACAUUAAUGCAAUUAAGAACCUGGAAGCAGAUUUCAAAAAACGCUAUUUAUUAAUUCAAUCGGCAAUGGAUGAAAACAAUUCUAUCCUUGCUUCAAAUGAUCCGUUUAAACUUGUCAACUACAAUUCAGAAAAUGAAAAGUUCAGAACUAUUCAUUCCAGAUUUGAACUAACAGUGCCAGAAUUCACUCCCACAGAACUUACAGAGCAGGCACUGUGUAAGAUAGUUGGAGACAUUCCAGAAACAGUGAAAACUAGCAUUGAAGGACAGGUCCUAAAAGCUCCCCAUUCUUAUUCCAGUUCAGAAAAAGCUAUCAAGAAGUUUCUUGAUUUGCCACUUACAGUAGGAGAAAUAAAAACUGAUGAAGAAAUUUGUGAAGUAGCUUGUAUUCCUCACACAGAUCACUUCUAUGUCCGUGGUGUCAAUGGAAUAACUAAACAUAUGAACAAAGAGGGGGAAGUGCUGAGGAAGAUCACCACUAAGACAGAGAAUAUUGCAGGAUAUGCUCUGACAGUCACCAGAGAGGGACAUCUAGUGUAUAUUGACAAGGGGAGGGGAGAAAUUAACAUAGUGGAGGGGAAUAAGAUAAAAUGUCUGCUCAAAGAACAUUUAUGGGUACUAGAUGCUAUCUGCAGCACUUAUACUGAUGACCUCUUAGUACUUAUGACAUCCCCACAUAACACAAGAUGGAUCCAGCAUAGAAAAGUUGUCCGUUAUUCUGGCUUGACAGUCAUACAAGAAAUAAAAUUAAGUGACCUGCACGUGGGUAUACUUUCAAUAUUUGUGCGCUGUAUUGAUGAAAACAAGAAUCUUGACAUUGUACUGAGUGAGCCAAAUUCAGUUUUAGUGUUGAACAACGAAGGAAAAAACAGGUUUAUCUACAAAGGAAUGAUGUACAAAAACUUUACUCCAAAUGCCAUUACUACAGACAGCAUGUGUCACAUCCUGAUUGCUGACUUAGCUAGUAACAUUAUAUACAUCAUUGACCAGAAUGGACAAUUCCUUUUGUACAUAGACAACUGUGAUUUACACAACCUACGUGGUCUCAGUACAGACAGCAAUGACAUACUGUAUGCUGCUGAUAACUAUAGAGUGAAACGAAUUAAGUAUAUGGAAUAA